AUGCUUGUCACAAGCCCAACCUAUAUGUCCAGCCAUGGUGUAGCGUGCACCCAAGUUCAGGUCCGUUGCCGAACAGGGAGGUCUGCCCAGGCAUCAGACAGGAGAAGACGUACGUCCUGGAGCUCUUCCGGCACGCUCGGAAAGCUGACCAAAUCUAAGCCCCAUCGUUGCGGAGGCCGAUUCACCAGUCAGCAGAUCUACGACCAACUCCGCUGGGCGCAAGCCGAGGUCUGGCGCCUGUCUCGAGAAGUCGAGGACGCGACCGACAUGUUCCACCAGGAGCAGGAGGACUCGGUGGCAUGGGAGGAGCUGCGUGACCUGCAGCGGCAGGAGGAGUAG